AUGGCGGCCUAUUCCAUUACGCUGGAAAACGUCGAUGAGAUCGUUGAGAACUUGUACUUGGGUGGCAUCACAGCCGCUUACGAGACCGAGAACCUUGUUGAGCAGGGCAUUCGUGCGGUGGUCUGCUGCGUCCGUGAGACCGAGUUCCCCAGCCACGAGUUUAACAACCAGCUCGACUACUUCCGUGUCGACGUGGAAGACGUCUCCAUUGAGCCCAUCGACUACUUCUGGCCGGAGGCCACCCAGUUCAUCUAUGACCACCACUCCCAGGGAAGGCCCGUCUUCGUGCACUGCCGUGCUGGCGUCUCCAGGAGUGCAUCGACGGUGAUAGCGUACCUCAUGUGCCACCAGGGCUACACCCUGAAGGACGCCUUCUUGCUGGCCCAUAAGAAGAGGCCGGUCGUCACGCCCAACCUCGGCUUCAUGGACAAGCUCGCCGAGCUAGAGAAGUCCAUCAAGGGCACCGCGACCAUCGACCUCUUCAAGUAUGAGAGCUGGUGGAGUGGCUCCCACAUGGCAUCGGUCCCCGAUGUCGGCAUUGGCGACCCGGAGCCUGAGGCGCCGGAGACCCCGAAGUCCGCCGGGACGCCGAAGUCCGCCGGAACCCCGAAGUCUGAGCCGCCGGCCAUAUCUUCCACUGGAGUCCAGAAGCUUCAGAACGCCUCGCGAAAGCUGAGGAUCCUCAGGGCCAUGUCGGGCCUAGACCACCAUAAGCAGGUUGAGAUGGACGUCCCCGAUCUUCCACAGGGCUCGAACCCGGUGCACAAGGAGCGGCUGGAGAGGAUCCGGUCGCUCCUUAUCCGCCAGGCAGCUCACGACCCGGAGCUCGGAUACUGCCAAGGCGCACUAAGGAACGUCGAGCCGGAGAAGUACCUCCCAAAAGCCUGGCUCGGCCUCUUCGCCCUGUGGCUCCCUUUGCCCACCAUCGUCCAGUGUGUUCAGCUCUUGGAGGGGAGCUACAUGGCAGGGAUCCUCUCCAUGACGCUCGUCCUGAUGGAUCGAAAGAGCCAGCGCCUGUUGGCGUCAGACGAGGAGGGCAUUCUCCGAGUCCUCCGCAGCAAGGAGGCCAUCCCAGCGCGAGAGCUGCUGCAAGAGGUCCGGAAGCACCUGGCCGAGGCGGGCGAGGUGGAGCUUUCCCUGUCCCUGCGAUAUUCCAGAGUCCUGUCCUCGGACGUGCGCAUCCUAGAUGUCUUGCCAAGCCUGUCCGAGCUGGUUCUUCAUGAAGAAGUCGAGCCGGCUCCCACUGCGAACCCAGUUUUGCCGCGGGCGGAACUCUGCCAGUGCUGGUCCUGCUUGGAAGGCCUGUGGAAACCCAAGCCGGAGGAGAUUCGUGUGAAGCUUGCUAGCCCAGUGAUGCGGAGCACAACCCGCGCUUCCAUCAAGUUCCAGUCGCAGCAACGGCUCUCCAAGCUCAACUGGGCCAGCCCGUCGAAGCUGGCCGGUUAG